AUGUGGACUAUUGAAUGGAAAACAGCAGUAGCUGACAGGCUUAGCAAGCUUACUAUUGACAUUGCUAGACUAAUGGAAAAACCCAAGUAUGGGCAGUACAAUACUGGACGUUGCUUCAUGUGCCUCUCAGAAGGCCAUGGUUUCAAAGGUAGCCCUGAGACUAAAGCAUUUGUGGCUGCUGGCGUAAUUAGAUAUGAUGCCUCCAACAGAUUAGUUAUGUCUGAUGGUAGUCCACUUCCCCACUCAAUGGAUGGAAGUCCAUUAGUGCAUUUAAUCUGCGAAAGAGCUAAUAUGCAUAGUGCAGCCACUCUUGAGUGGAUGUGCAAUUAUGUCAGGGCACACACCCUGACUAGCCCGGACCCAGACCCGCAUCCGGACCCGCUUCCACCCGCCGCACUUCCCGCAUGCGCGCAUGCUACCCCUUCAUGUGACUUCCGGGUAUCCCUGGAAGUUUUCCUGAUAUGGUGGCCACUGUGGGAAGAUGAGAAGUUAGCUUCCUUCUCAUCUUCUUACCCACAGGCUGUGGACCAUAGGGGAGGGUCAUGGGGACCUGGGAGUCGUCCCCUGACAGAUUAUGAGCUUGCCAAUAAAGAAUUUGCUACCCUUGGUGAAGGGGAAUUUGAAGUCUACCCAGCAUAUGCAUGCCCAGUGGAGCAUGGUGACAGUGAUAAGCCCAAAGCAUCCAAGUCCAAGCUGUAUGAUCGGCCACCUUUGCCAAUGAGGCAUACCAUGCUGCCAGAGGAGCUGAAUACUGCACCAGCCCCCAAUCAAACUUAUGUCAAGAUACCCCCACCACCCAAGAUUCUGAAAUGGCCACUGACACCACAGGAAGAUGAGCCAAUGACAGAUGGAGAGUUCACCCCUAGAGAAAAAGGGAAACAAAGAGCCAUUCCCUCCACAUCCUGUCCCCCUGCACCACACAGUGUGCCAAAGUCUAAUACCACAUGUAAUAAAGUUACCUUUGAGGAACCUAAGACACCAGAUUCCACAAAGACCCCAGCAUAUAAGCAGAGGGCCCUGCCAGCCUACAAGUUCACCUCUGAGUUACAGGAGAGGUUGAACUCUGAGGAAGUUUUGAGAAAUUAUUCAUCUCCAAAUGUUCAAAGGAUUCUGAUUGCCAAGAAAGCAGAGACAGCCACUCUGGACCUUGAGCCAUUGAUGCCCUUGCCAGUCGAGGAAGAAGAGCCAUACUUUAGACCUGUCUUUGACAUCUCAAGUCUUGAGUCCAAAUACUCAGACAAUAGCGAUAGUAGAGCGUCUGUUAAUACAGAUGAACAGGCAGAGGAUUUCUACUGCCAACUGCUAGAGGCAGAGCACCUGUGA